AUGGAUUCCAGCACAGUAAAGCAGUCUGUUAUGAAGCAGGUCCUCGCUGAGGCGAACCUGGCCAAUGCCCGAGUCCUUAUUGAGAAACUCCAAGAGAACUGCUUCGAGAAGUGCAUCCCCAAACCAGGCAGCUCGCUGUCCAGCGGCGAGCAAACCUGCAUGACAACGUGCAUGGAGAAGUACAUGGCUGCGUGGAACCAAGUCAACGCCGCAUACAUCAACAGAAUACGCCAGGAGCAAAACAACCCCAGCCAAUAA